UAAAGUCUUCAUUGCCUUUCGCCAUGGAACUCAUAGUGUUCAUCGUGUCAGUUAUAAUGUUGUGCUUUGGUAAUGCCAUCUCGGUGAUUCCUGGUGACAACAGCCAUUACAUUGAGGGUGUCAGUCGCUACAUUUGGAUGCCUGACGGUGAAGACGUGCCCCACCUCGUAGACUUGCAAGAAGAACCCGAUAUGGAACUAUUGACGGCUAGAGAUAGCAGUUACAAUCAAUACUGGCUUUAUACCAGAUCUAACCCUGACUCUGCACAAAUCAUAACUUAUGAGGAUAAAGAGUCAAUUUUCAAUUCGAGUUACGAUGGUAACAAGCCUAUAAAAGUUAUAGUACAUGGUUGGAAUAACGAUGGUAAUUCAAACGUGAAUAGGAUGGUGAAAACUGCUAUCCUCGAAACACUAGACGCGAAUGUUAUAGUAGUGGACUGGAAACGAUUGGCGAGCUCUAAUUACGUAUCAGCGACUAAUGGUAUCCCAGAUGUGGGCGAGCAUCUUGGUUACUUCUUGACAUGGUUGAUUGAGAGCGCCGGUGGAGAAUGGAACAAGGUACACCUGAUCGGCUUCAGCUUGGGCGCCCACGCUGUUGGUAUAGCUGGUCGUACAGCUGGCGGCAAGCCAGCAAGAGUAACAGCUCUGGACCCAGCAGGUCCUCUAUGGGUGGGCAAUCCUCAAGCUUUGAACACCAGUUCUGCACAUUACGUGGAAGCUAUUCACACGGACGGCGGUUUCCUGGGCAUGUCUGAGGCGCUAGCUCACGGUGAUUUCUUCCCCAACAGCGGAAAGCAUCCGCAGCCGGGCUGCUGGAUCAGCACUUGCUCUCACAGUCGCUCCUACAGACUCUUCGCCUCCAGUAUAUACACAGACCAUUUUGUAGCGAAACGAUGCAAUGAUACCAAUGAAGCGCAUAACAACCAAUGCACUGGUAGCGAAUUCAAUAUGGGCAACUGUGAUAUAACUAAACGAGGAUCUGGUAUGUACGGGUUGAGUACAGAACGAAAAUGGCCUUUCUGAAAACCCCGAUUUAUUAUUUGGUCAAUUUUAAU